ACAAGAAGAGAAAAAGACACCUAGGGACACAUACGAACAGAGUACUGGGAAAUUGGUUUGGUUUAUUAAGGUAUUAUUGCUCGUUGUCAAAUCAGGAAAUUGCAAACCACCUUGAAUUUUAAAAACGAACGUGCUUUAAUAACAACAUGAUCAUCAUUUAUUUAGUCAAUAUAUAUUUAGAACAGCAAUGACGCAAAAUAUCAGGUGAUAUCGUGGUAAAUUCAUUAUGUUGGAGAGUUUUUUUUUUAUAUUUUUCAGAAUCAGGCGUCCAUCAGCCGCGUAAUAGCUUCAUGGCAAAAGCUUGUGGUUAGCACGUUUCGCACUCUGAAAAAAAUAUAUAGUCCAGAGCGAGCUCGUCGAAAUCUUGGCCAAACCGCACUGGAAUAAUGUUACGAGUUCUUAUGUUGCAAGUUGCGGUGUCCAUGUUGACUUACCAAACAACUAACGCGGAAAGAAAUUUCUCUCGCAACCCUCAACAGCGGUUGUUGGACGAUUUACUUGCGGGCUAUGACAGAGAUGGGCACCCAGGUGGCGGACAACGAGUCAAAGUGGAUGUAGGCGCGAAAGUUGUACGGAUUGUCAACAUUGACGAGAAGAACAAUGCUUUGCAGGCUCAAUGGUGGAUGAAACAGGACUGGAACAAUCCUGACCUCAGAUGGAAUCCAGACGACUAUGAUGGAUUACAAACGGUUUAUGUGGUUCCAUCAAAGGUGUGGGUACCAGAUGUUUUGUUGUACAACAAUUUAUUUUUCAGCGCUGACAAAGAAAUGGAUGCUGCUGGUGCACUGGAGAAAUACAAAACCAAAAUUUCCCUGUCCUAUGAUGGAAACAACUCGUGGAUGGCGCCAGCUAUGUUCCAGAGCAUUUGCAAAAUCGAUAUCAAGUAUUUUCCUUUCGAUGAGCAACACUGUCAUAUGAAAUUUGCUUCCUGGGCUUAUGACGUCUCAAAGCUUGACGUUUACGUCAAUCCUAAAGAGACAGGUCUACAGAAAGGGAUUUACCAGCCGUCCAAUGAGUGGCACCUCGUUAGUGUCGAUGCAGUGAGGAAUGAGGUAAAGUAUACAUGCUGUCCUCAUCCUUAUUCCGAAGUGUUGCUGACACUAAAUCUACAACGUCACUCAAGAUAUUAUGUCAUCAACCUGGUGUUUCCAUGCGCACUGAUUGCCUGUAUGGUGUUUUUAACGUUCGUGUUGCCUCCAGAAUGUGGGGAGAGGAUUUCACUAUGUAUCACUGUUCUUAUGGCCAUGACAAUCUUCCAGGAACUUACAUCGGAGAAACUACCACCCAGCUCAGAUACAUUCUUUUUGAUCGGCACUUACUACACCGUCGCCAUCUUCGAAAUCGGUUUAGCGAUAGCAGCCACUUGUCUCGUUCUUAACUUCUACUACAGCAAAACAAAGAUGCCCGGCUGGUUAAAAACGAUUCUUCUCAGGACUCUGGCGCCCCUUGUCAGAGUAAAAGUCAAGAGAAGACGGCUUUCAGUCAAAGAGAGUCUGCGGUCAACAGACGGCGGGCAUGCGCUCGAUACAAUUCACAACCCAACGUUUGAAACUUUUAACCACUCGGACAAUGGCCUGGCUCUGACCUGGGUUGGGGAUGUAUUUGAACAAAAUUCAAGUGUUUCUGUAAUGUCUGUGAACUUGAGAAAAGAUAGUGUCGUUGAUGAAGAGAUGGACUCCAAACAGAACAUCAACAACUGCGGGAAGAACUGCAACGGUAUUGCUGGCAAAGGCAACCAUUCCAUCAAACUCAAAGAAAAACUUGGUCAGGAAAAAGAAAGCACACACGAAAUCAUGGAACCAACUUUGCAUCAGAUAAUUGAAUGGCAAGAUGAGUGGAGAGCGGCGUCGCAAGUGUUGGACAGACUCAUAAUUAUUUCCUCUGUGAUUAUCGGGUGUGUUUCUGCUGCUGUUAUUUUCCUGCAAGCUCCAAGAGUGAGACAAAUGCUGUCUUUUUCAUAGAAAAGAGGCACCAGUAAGAAGUGUGUGAGAACAAACCCAGCAUAUAUGACAAUGCAUAUUCUCUCUACUUUUCGGUGCAAUAACGUGGGGAUAUUGUGAGGAAAGGACAACAACGUUCGAUCCUGGAGAAAAAAAACAAAAGGCUUCCCUGAAUUUCGGCUUUGUGUGUGAGCGGCAACAAAAAGUACGAUGGCCCACCUCUGUCACGGCAAAAGAAAUAACCUCGCGGCAAAAGAGAAAGACUCGCGACAAAAGGAGGAACCUCACCGCAGAAAGGAAAAGACUCACGGCAAAAGAAAAAACCUCACGGCCAAGACUCACCACCGUGAGUCUUUUCCUUUUGCCGUGGGGUUUUUUCCGCGAGGUUACUUCUUUUGCCGUGACAGUUGUGAGCCACCGUAAAAACGUAAUAACUUGGUUAAAAAAAAACAUAUAUUACAAAGGUUUCAAGUCUGAAAUCUUCAUUUAAGGGACAGCAUCAAUACAUAACAGGUGAGAAAGAAAAACAAUUUUAUCGAAGAGUGAGACGCUAACUUUCAUAUACAUUCCCGUCUAACAAUAUUGUAAGGUACCAAAGCCCAAAAUUGUGACAAACCAGAACACGGUACUGUUAAAUAUU